AUGGCACCAGAUUCCGCUCCAAGUCAUCAGGUGUCCCUGAGUAAUCUGAAUUGCACGCAGGGCGGUAAGAAUCAUGGGGAUCGACCAUGUAUGAGUGGUGGUCGGGGCUGCUAUCGGUGCGGGAACACUCAACAUUUUGUGUGGGAUUAUCCUUUGCCGAGGGAGCCUGGUAGACCGUUAGUUCAAGGACGAAUGUUUGCCAUGACAGUGCCGGAAGCAGCCACUACUUCAGAAGUAAUACAAGGUAUACUUUACAUUUCAAAUAUUCCUACUAGAGUACUAGUUGAUCCUAGUGCCACACAUUUAUUUGUAUCACUUAGGUUCGCGUCUAGAAUAGGGAGGGAACCUUGGGUGUUGGAUUGGGUAUUAUUAAUAGCUACGCCAACCAAUGGUGCUUUAUGUACCGAUGUAAUGUUUAACUCAUGUAGCGUAGAAGUAGAAGGGAGAAAGUUUAAGGUAGAUUUAAUUUUACUAGACAUCAAGGACUUUGGUGUGAUACUGAGGAUGGAUUGGCUUGCGGCACAACAUGCUCAUGUAGACUGUUUCCGUAAGAGGGUAGUGUUUAAGAUCCCUAACAAAAAAACGUUUUUCUGUAUGGGGAAAGUAAAUGAAUAA